UCCCCCCUCCUUUGGCCUGCCAUGUCAGUGUUUGGUGUUUGUGUUGAGCUGUGUGUGUUGUGAUGUGUAACCCCCAAAGUCCUAUAACCCCGGUGAAUCCGUAUUUGGAUGCACUCUCUCUCUCUCUCUAAAACCUUUUCUCUCUAUUUAUAUCUUUUGUCUGCCUUCUACCGCUUGCUUUCUCUCUCUCUCUCUCUUUCUUGUAUACCUCAUACCCUAAAUUGGGUUACUCCCCUUUUACCCUUUUCUUACUUUGUUGUUCUUGAUUCAGCUGAGAUAUAUAUAAAGAUUGGAUUUUUAUCUGUUUUGAUCUGCAGGCAUAUGUGAUCAGUUUGAUGCCUGAGAGUCCUGAUUUUCUGGCUUGAGAUGUACAAUCCUGUAUGCAAUGAUGAAAGAAAACGGUUCACCGUCCAGUAAAAUGCUUAACAGAAACUGGGUCUUAAAACGCAAGCGUCGAAAACUUCCAUCUGGUCCUGAUGUGUCAAAUGGCAAAGAAAAGGCUUCAAAACCCUUGGAUUUACCCUCGAGUGACUCACCCAAAUGUCGAGUGAAAAAUGAAAUCACUUCAAGUCGUUCUUCUAGCAAGAAGAAAGGAAAUGAUGGGUACUAUUAUGAAUGUGUUGUUUGUGAUCUUGGUGGAAAUUUGCUUUGCUGUGAAAGCUGUCCGCGUACAUACCAUAUUCAGUGUCUGGAUCCUCCUCUUAAGCGUAUACCAACUGGAAAGUGGGAAUGUCCAACAUGUUAUCAGAAGAACGAUACACACGAGUCUGUUAAUCCUCUAGAUAUGGUCUCGAAACGGGCAAGGACAAAAGUUACAGGUGGAAAAGCAAAGAAUGAAAAUAAGCCAUCGGGAAUCUCCAAGGUAUCCCUGAUUUUUGAAAGCUCCAUUCCUGGUAAGAAAAGAUCCUCGGGAAAAGAAAGAACUCCUUUAUCACACCUCAGUCAAAUGGAGAAGCUGGGUAAUUUCUCCAAUGAUGUUCCUUGUGACAUUGAACCAAGUGACCAUUCCCGGGAUGGUGCUGCGGAUGGUAGUUCAUUGCACAUAGGUGUUGAUAAUGAAAAGGAGGUGCCUCCAGCAGAUACUCCAGUGGAGAAGGAAGUGCCUCCUUCAGAUACUCCAGUGGAGAAGGAAGUGCCUCCUUCAGAUACUCCAGCUGAGAAGGGGGUGCCUUCUGCAGAUACUCCAUUGGAGAAGCCGAGCUCUUCAAUGAAUGAUGCAACACCCUUUUUGAAUAUGACAGAUUCAAAGACAAAUGACAAAGCCUCAGAAAAGAAGCCUGACUUGCCUUCUAGUGAUAGAUCUCCAGUUGGUGAACCUGUAGCUGUUUCGGAGGCCGCUUCUAGGAAAGACAGGAAAAGGAAGCCUAAUUUUUACAACAUUGACAGUCAGAACAAAUCUAGGACUGACAAGGGAAAGCGGGUUGCUGAUAAUACUAAAAAGUCUGGUUCAAAGCCAAGCAAAUUGCAAAAAAAGCGUAAGCGUGUUAAUCAUCAGCCUUCAGUGUCUGCGUCAAAUAGGGAUGGGAGAGAUACUGUUGAAACCCAACUUAAAGAUGAGUUGGUUUCUGAAGAGGGUGCUCAGCCAUCAGAUCUGUCACGUGAAGCUGGAAAAGUUGUUGUUGAACCUUUAAUAUAUGAUAAUAAUGGUCCCAGUCUUCAACAGGUUGAUAGAGUUCUGGCAUGUCGAGUGCAAGAUGAUAAUAUUAGUUGUUUGCAUGAUAUCCCUGGAAUAAAUGCAAAUGACCCAGCAUUGAUAGAUUCAGCAAGAGAGGAAUUAAAUGAUGGAAAACCCAGCGGUGAUGUGCCCGUAGUUAGGGUUGGUAUAGAAUAUUCAGGCAGUGGCUCUCAAGAAACUUUGGACAUUCCCGAUAAAGGAAAAAGCUCAAAGGAUGAUACCAGCAAGGAUGAAAUGCAUGUGUACAGAAGAUCAGGUAGCAUAGAAUGCAAGGAAGGAACUGGCACAGUAAAGGAAGACUCUCAAGGUUCAGUAUCUGAAGGUGCAAUCAACAACAACGAAGAAGACAUUGCUGUGAAUGCUGAUGAUUCUCUGGCUAAUACGCAGAAUACUUCUGGAGAAAGCAAUGAUUCCACUGAAAAGAAAUAUAAUGACAAAGCCAAGUCGAAGGAUGAUGUCACAUCUGGGACUCAUGAAGUUGGAACUGCCAAGGGAAAAGAUGAAAUGAUUACUACAGAUACCACCUCUUUCAAGAAAAGUGAGGAGACUGUCUUGGCUAAACCAUCAACCUCCAACAACGUAAAUGUUGUCUAUGAAUAUCUUGUUAAGUGGGUUGGCAAAUCAAAUAUUCACAACUCUUGGAUCCCAGAGUCUCAAUUGAAAAUUCUGGCAAAAAGAAAGCUGGACAACUACAAGGCAAAGUAUGGGACAGCAACAAUAAAUAUUUGUGAUGAACAGUGGAAGCUGCCUCAGCGAAUUAUUGCAACUCGGCCUGGCACGAGUGGUUCAGAUGAAGUGUUUGUGAGAUGGACAGGUCUUCCUUAUGAUGAAUGUACCUGGGAAAAAAUAGAGGAACCUGUGAUUGCAAAAUCAUCUCAUUUGAUUGAUCAGUUUAAUCAGUUUGAAUCCCAAGCAUUAGCUAGAAAUGCUACCAAGGAUGAUAUGGUGAGAAAAAGGAAAGAACGCCAUAAAAAUGAUAUAGUUACUCUGACAGAGCAGCCUAAAGAACUGGGAGGCUCAUUAUUUCCACAUCAAAUGGAAGCCUUAAAUUGGUUGCGCAAGUGCUGGCAUAAAUCCAAAAAUGUUAUUCUUGCCGACGAGAUGGGACUUGGGAAGACAAUAUCAGCUUCUGCUUUCUUAUCAUCAUUGUAUACCGAGUUCAAUGCUGCACUUCCUUCUCUAGUUUUGGUUCCUCUGUCCACAAUGCCAAAUUGGAUGGCAGAGUUUCAGUUAUGGGCUCCACACCUAAAUGUUGUAGAAUACCAUGGGACUGCUAAAGCAAGAGCUGUGAUUCGUCAAUUUGAAUGGCAUUCAAGGAAUCAAAGUGACCUGAAUAAGAGGUCUACUUCAUACAAGUUCAAUGUUCUUUUGACUACAUAUGAAAUGGUUCUCGUUGAUUCCACUUAUCUGCGUGGGAUCCCAUGGGAAGUUCUUGUCGUUGAUGAGGGACACCGUCUUAAGAAUUCUAGUAGUAAACUCUUUAGCAUGCUCAACACAUUUUCUUUCCAGCAUCGAGUUCUAUUGACUGGUACUCCUCUUCAGAACAACAUUGGCGAGAUGUACAACUUAUUAAACUUUUUGCAGCCAUCGUCAUUUCCUUCACUAUCGUCAUUUGAGGAGAAGUUUAAUGAUCUUACAACAGCCGAAAAGGUGGAAGAAUUGAAAAAGCUUGUCGCUCCGCAUAUGCUUCGCAGGCUGAAAAAAGAUGCCAUGCAAAAUAUUCCUCCUAAAACUGAACGAAUGGUUCCUGUUGAGUUAUCUUCUAUCCAGGCAGAAUAUUACCGUGCAAUGCUUACAAAGAACUAUCAGCUUCUUCGCAACAUCGGGAAAGGAAUUGCACAGCAAUCAAUGCUGAAUAUCGUUAUGCAGUUAAGAAAAGUUUGCAACCAUCCUUAUCUUAUACCAGGAACUGAGCCUGAAUCUGGUUCAGUGGAAUUUCUUCAUGAAAUGAGAAUAAAGGCUUCUGGUAAACUGACUCUUCUGCACUCUAUGCUCAAAAGUUUGCAUAAAGAAGGUCACAGAGUCCUUAUAUUUUCACAGAUGACUAAGCUUCUAGAUAUUCUGGAGGAUUAUUUGGCAAUUGAAUUUGGGCAAAAAACAUAUGAGAGAGUUGAUGGCUCUGUUGCUGUGGCUGAUCGUCAAGCAGCAAUAGCACGGUUUAAUCAGGACAAAAGCCGAUUCGUCUUCUUAUUGUCAACACGCUCUUGUGGCCUGGGGAUCAAUUUGGCUACUGCAGAUACUGUUAUUAUCUAUGACUCUGACUUCAAUCCACAUGCAGAUAUACAGGCAAUGAACCGGGCUCAUCGUAUUGGACAGUCGAAGAGACUUCUAGUGUACCGGCUAGUAGUCCGUGCCAGUGUUGAAGAACGGAUACUUCAGCUUGCUAAGAGGAAGUUGAUGCUUGAUCAGCUAUUUGUGAACAAAUCAGGGUCCCAAAAGGAGGUUGAGGACAUCCUUCGAUGGGGAACAGAAGAACUUUUUAGUGAUUCCUCUAGCAUGGCAGAGAAAGAUGCUGUUGAAAACUCCAGCAAUAAAGAUGAGACAGUUCCUGAAGUAGAGCAUAAGCGCAAGAGGACUGGUAGCCUUGGUGAUGUGUAUAAAGACAAGUGCACCAAGGGAAGCACUAUGAUUGUGUGGGACGAAAAUGCUAUAUUGAAAUUGCUUGACCGUUCAAAUCUUCAGUCAGAAUCACCUGAUAACAAUGAAGCAGAACUGGAGAAUGAUAUGCUUGGCUCAGUGAAGUCAUUGGAAUGGAAUGAGGAUGGUGCAGAAGAGCAAGCUGGAAUAGCAUCAGAUAUGGUGGUAAGUGAAGAUACUUGUGUACAAAAUGUUGAGAAGAAAGAGGAUAACUUGGCUAGUAGCAGUGAAGAAAAUGAGUGGGACAAGCUUCUAAGAGUGAGAUGGGAGAAGUAUCAAAGCGAGGAGGAAGCAGCGCUAGGUCGAGGCAAGCGCCUAAGGAAAGCCAUUUCUUACAGGGAAGCAUAUGCUUCACACCCCAAUGAAACAUUAACAGAGAAUGCUGUGGAAGGGGAGCCUGUGCCUGUGCCUGAACCAGAGCGAGAGUAUAGUCAAGCUGGACGAGCAUUAAAGGAAAAAUAUGCUAAGCUUCGCACUAAACAGAAAGAACGGCUAGCCCGUAGAAAUGCAAUUGAAGCAUCUGGACCCAUGGAAGAACAAGCUGGACGAGAGUUUCUCUGUCACCUCCUUCCUCCACAAGCUCAUUAUGUGAAUUUGAUGAAUGUACCAUCACAACACCGUGAAGAGAAACACGUGGCCAUGAACUUGGAAAACAAUAGCCGUCUUAAAUCAUCCGAGACACAGAAAAACAUGGGAGACUCAACCUUAAGGUUGGGAAAACUGAAACAUAAAGUGAACGAUAACAUAGAUCUUCCAUCAGGAGGCCAUCCUCAUGCAGAUAUUCCCCAGUCAAGUAAUCAUGCACAAGAUAUGAGCUAUAUUAAAUCCGUGGAUAAACAGCUUUUACCAAUUCUGGGACUAUGUGCUCCUAAUGCCCAUCAGGUGGAGGCACCCCAGAGGAACUUGUUGAGGUCAAACGUUCGACAACACAGGCAUGGAUUAGGACUGGAGUUCCCAACUAUUGCUCCUCCUCCUGAGCUUUCAACUGAAAUGGUUGCUAAAGGUUUCCCACAGAGAUUUAGAUUGCCAGAUCUUCCCCUGGACCCUUCACAACAGCCUCCAAAGAAUAGCUUACCUGAUUCUUAUCUCCCAUUCAAUCCACAUCCUCGACCUGUCAUGCGAGAAAGAGGUUCUGCUGGUAACUUACAGAAUUCGUGUGCUACUUCAUAUGAUAUUCAAGACAGGACAGUUUUGCCCAAACCUUUUGAUAAGCCAUUGUUACCAAGAUACCCAUUUCCUGCUAUGAACAUGCCACGUCCACCCUCUGCCUUGUUUCCCAACUUGUCUUUGGGAUCAAGAGAUGUGAAUGGGUCUGUUCGUGAGCACCCUGUAUUGCCUUUUUUGCCCAAUCUCAAAUUUCCACCUCACGAUGCACCUAGGUUUAACCUGCAGGAACAAGAGAUGCCUCCUGUACAGGGGUUGGGGCAUAUGGCACCUUCAUCAUCAUCAUUUCCUGAAAACCAUUGGAAGGUUCUUGAAAACAUUAUGCUGAGAACUGGGUUAGGAUCAGGCAACCUACUUAAAAGGAGAAACAAACUGGAUGUCUGGUCUGAAGAUGAACUGGAUUGUCUCUGGAUUGGUGUACGUAGACAUGGAAGGGGCAAUUGGGAUGCCAUGCUGCGAGAUACAAAGUUAAAAUUUUCCAAGUAUAGAAUUCCUGAGGAUUUAUCAAUUAGGUGGGAAGAAGAGCAGCUCAAGAUCAUGGAUGGACCAGCAUUACCUGCGCCAAAACCAUCCAAGCCUACCAAAGUGGGAAAAUCAGGCUUAUUCUCAGGCAUUUCCGAUGGAAUGAUGGCUCGAGCAUUGCAUGGUUGUAAACUAAAUGAACAGUUUUUACCAACCCACCUAACAGACAUGAAACUAGGGUUUCAUGAUCUGCCUUCCAGCUUUCCACAUUUGGAACCUCCUGAGAGACUUGGUCUGAACAGCAAACAUAUCUCACAUCUUCCAACUCCCAGUGCUGACAAGUACCGGGUGAACAUUCCUCGAGAUUUGAAUGCGGGACCAUCGGAUAGACUAGGAGCUCCGUCAAGUUUUGUUACGGAGUCACCAUUUCUGCUGAAUUCGUCGGGAAGCAGUAGCUUGGGUCCUCUUGGCUUGGGUUGCCAGAACAGGUUUGCCUUGCAAAAGGAGAAUGAUGAUGGUGCAAGCAGAUUUGUUAAUUUGCCUAGCCUUCUUGACAGGUCUUUAAAUAUCUCACAUGAUUCACAUAACAAUGUGGGAGGUGGUGAAUCUAGCAAUUAUCCAUCACUUCCUGUACUUGAUAAAGGUCAGAAAGUUUCUCAAUCAAAGGGCAAGGAAGUGGUUGAGUGUGGUUCACUGAAGAAUAAGCUACCACAUUGGCUUCGUGAAGCAGUGAAUAUUCCAGCAAAACUCCCUGAACCUGAUUUACCACCUACUGUCUCUGCAAUUGCUCAAUCAGUUCGCAUGCUAUAUGGGGAGGAGAAUCCCUCCAUCCCUCCAUUUGUUAUUCCUUCUCCCCCUCCAUCUCAACCCAGGGACCCACGGUUGAGCUUGAAAAAGAAGAAGAAGAAGAAGAAACAUGGAUUGCAAGUAAUGAGGCAGUUCCCAAUAGAUUUUGCAGGAACUAUUGAUGUACAGGGUAGUAGCGUACAUGGUGAGAGUAUGGCUGGAACAAGUAGUCUGCAGGAUCCAGCAUUCCCUCUGCUUUCUAGAGUGAUGGCCAGAACUUCAGGACUUCCUUCGAAUGAAGCUAACCUUAAUAUGCCUCCUCCAAGUGUGACUGUGAAUCCUUCAACUAGUACAUUUCCUCUAAUGAAGACAAGCUCUGGAUUGUCUCCUUCACCUGAAGUGCUUCGAUUGGUUGCAUCCUGUGUUUCACCAGGUCCACCUAUUGCUACUAGUUCAAGUUUCCUUGGAAAUAUGAUCCCUCUCCCCAAAUCCGUUGAUCAGGUUGCUUCUUCAGACACCCAAGAUUCACAUGAAAAGCAGGAAACAGAUCAGACCUCAGCUCCUAGUACAUUGGGUCCAUUCCAGGCAGAGAAAAAAGUUGAAACUAAUUGCAGGGAUUCUAGCAAAACACAGUCAGAUUCUGCUCGACCCAGACAGGAAGAUGUAGAAGAAAUAUCAUCUGAAGGGACAGUCUCUGAUCAUCAGGAGGAUGACCAUGAACCAUAGCUCUUUCCUAUGGGGAGCUAAUUGUUGUAAUCAUAAUCAUCUCUUGACGUGUAACUAAAGCCUCUGACCCUCCAUUAUUCUCAGUUUUUGUAGGGCAGGAUGCAGUUAAAGUAGCAAAUACAGUACAGGUUAGACAAGUUACUAUGUAAAGCUUGUGUAAGAGGAAAGAAAAACAUAGAAGUUAGCAUAUAAUGUUGUUCGUCGUCCUUAGAGUCGAAGGCUUUGACCUUGUAGGACUUGUUUAGUAGCUGAGUUCAGCAUUGCAUUUAGGACUUCCUAAGU